CUGGAUUUAAAAUCCCACACGCAUGCGCGCUGGAGGCUUUUCUUCACCCACACUGCGCCACACUGUAAUGCCGACGGAGCGGAGCGGCUUCACGGUAACGGUCUCGCUGGACGGACGCGCAGUUUCCCGACUCGCUGGGGGAGUUUGCUCGUGAACCGAAUCGCGUACGUUUCCGCUCUCAAAUGCAUCUGUUUGUCCAGAUGAGACGUUUUUCCUAAAGGGGAGGGGGGGUCGUGUUUUUGUUCGUUAUUUUAUUUGAUUUUUUUUAUAUAUAUAAAAUCUGCUUCGUUUUGGAGCGUUUAAGCGUAAAUGGACCCCAGGGUGGCUUGGAUCCAGCCCGAGCAGAAAGGACCAGCCAACGCGUUGUGGAUGCACAUCUGGGAAACCUCACACGGUUUACGGACUACUAAUACCUCACAGAGCCCUCGUUUGAACCCGGCCAUGGCGCCAGGCUUGGUGAAAACCAGCUCCUCCAGUUGUAUCAGCCCGCAUCCCCUUCAGGUUUCUCCGGGCUUCAUUCUCACACCCCCGUUUGAUCACCCUUCUAUCACGGCACUGAACGGCACUUGCACAGGAGCAGCAAAGCCGAGUGCUUCUCCCAAAAAUGGCUCCCUGUCUCCAUCGUCCUCCUCGCUGGACUCUGAGACGGACAGUCCCAAAUCGGACUCGUGUGACAGCACAAGCACGCACCACUCCCAUCCCAGACUCUUCUUCAGCUUCAAUGAGCAGCUGCACAACAUCAAUGACUACUUGCAUCAGCACCAACAGCAGCAUUUGCAUCUCCAGGCACAUCUACACCAUCAUCAUAAUCACCAUUAUCAUCACCGACAUCCUUCCCAGCACUUCCCUCAAGCGCCUGAUCACCACCAUCCAGCCAAAAAGAAGGGCGAGAACAAGGCCAGCUCUUACGGGGUCAACUACCUGCUCUCCAACUCCAAUGGGAACCUCUUCUGCACUGGGACACCAUGGAAGACCAGGAGAUACAGUCCGGGGGUGAACGGCCUUCAUGAAGAGAUUGUGGACUUCUAUGCCUUCAUGUCCCCGCGGCCUGAGGAAGAGGCCAUGAGGAGGGACGUGGUGAACCGCAUCGAGAGCGUCAUCAAGAACCUGUGGCCUGCAGCUAACGUCCAAAUAUUCGGCAGCUUCAGUACCGGACUUUACCUUCCAACAAGUGACAUUGACCUGGUGGUGUUUGGAAAGUGGGAACGUCCUCCUCUACAGCAGCUCGAUCAGGCUCUGAGGCAGCAGAACCUCGCCCAACCGUUCUCCAUUAAAAUACUGGACAAAGCCACGGUUCCUAUAAUCAAGCUGACGGACCGAGAGACGGAGGUGAAGGUAGACAUAAGUUUUAACGUCGAGACAGCUGUGAAAGCGGCGCGUUUCAUCAAAGACCACUUAAAGAAGUACACCGUGCUGCCGUACCUGAUCUUCGUUUUGAAGCAGUUUCUGUUGCAGUGGGAAUUAAACGAGGUGUUCACAGGAGGCAUCAGCUCCUACUGUCUCAUAUUAAUGGCCAUCAGCUUCCUUCAGCUCCACCCCCGGAUCGACUGCCGGGCGACCAACAUAAACCUGGGCAUCCUGCUGAUCGAGUUCUUCGAGCUGUACGGCCGCCACUUCAACUACCUGAAAACGGGGAUCCGUGUGAAGAACGGAGGAGCGUACCUCGCCAAGGAGGAGAUGAUGAAGGCCAUGAGCAGUGGCCACCGACCCUCCAUGUUGUGUAUCGAAGAUCCCAACUUACCGGGCAACGACGUGGGCCGCAGCUCUUACGGCGCCCUGCAGGUGAAGCGCGUGUUCGAUUACGCCUACAUCGUCCUGAGUCACGCCGUGUCUCCUCUCGCCCGCGCUUAUCCCAACAAGGACAACGACAGCACACUCAGCCGGAUCCUCCGACUGACCCAGGAAGUGAUUAACUACAGGGAGUGGAUCAUCCAGAAGUGGGGGGACAGACACAAUGCCAGAAUCAACCGCUGCAUCGUCCAGUUCGGCGAUGACUCCGAGGAGCAGCAAAGGGACUCUGUGUCUCCACAAAGUGCCGAUUCCCUCAUGUCACUAUCCAGUCCCCAGCAGCACUCCUCAUCAUCUUCAGCCUCUUCUGUUUCCUCGCUCUCAGGAAGUGACAUCGAUUCUGAUUCCGUUCAAUCUGGACACAAAGCCCCGCACCAAACUUUCCCAGCAUACCCUGUGCCCAGCACUCUUCCGAGGCCACAAAGCGGGACAAGUCCGCCUGAAACCACUUCCUCUAACGGACAGGUGCGGAAGCCCCUCCCCGUGUCUCUACCCCCACCUGUACCAGGCAGACCACUGUGUGUGGAGGGGUGUGUGGCACUGAGCAAUGGCUACCGGCUGUCCUCGCCCAUCUACCUCGGCCCGCUCGCUGGCCUCCAGAACCAGCCCAAGUUUCAUAAUGUUCAGAGGUUUGGCCCGAAGGUUCCCGGUGUCUUCGAGCCUGCUUCGAUGCCUGCGCCUCGCGCCAGCCUUCCACAGCACAACCGAAACACAUGGCACAGAGGAGGAGGGAAACGGCGCCCUCCAGCCUCAGCAGAUAGAACUGCCACAGGUCAAAGGUAGCACUUCCUGUCUACGCACAGUCCAAGCUGCGGCUCAGUGUCGUCUGUGACUGCCAUUUUUUUUUUAUUAUUAUUUUUUUUAAUGUACUCUUAUUUUAUUAUUAUUUUAAAAUUCUCCCUUUUUUUUCCCCCCUGUUUGUGCCAAACACUAAAUGUUCUCAUUGCAGCCAAGCUGUAUUUGGAAUUUAGUACAACUCGUGCAAUAUGAGUAUUUUUAUAUAAUUUGCAAAUUUUUUUUUUUUUUUUUAGUUAUUUUUAAUUUAAUUUUUACUACUACUCUUCAGUGUUUACAUUUUUGUGUGUUUUGUGUUGUCAUGAAUGUAAGCCGAUGAAGGCCGGGUGGGUGACAUUGCAUCUCUACUACACUGCUAUACUAUCAUGUUUAAAUCCAAAGUGUGUUUGAGAAUUUAACUUUUGCACUCAAUGGCUUGCCAGAUUGCUGUAGUUCAACUCUGUACCAGCAGGUGGAGCCGCUGAGAUGAAAUCUGUGCCAAAAUCCCGGGCCAAAGUGUUCCUUACGUCACAUUAGCCUGUACCUUAUGUUUUUUUUUUUUUUGUUUUUUUUGCCAACAUGCCAAGUCUUGUUUGAUUUUAUUUGUUUACCUGAAUAACCAUGAUUAUCUUCUGCAUCAGACUGGUUCAAAUGUUUCUGCAAAAAGUGAUUGAUAAUCUCAUCUCCUUUCUUCUGUAACAUCCCUCCCCCCCACCCCUUUGCAUUUGCGACACAAUGAAAUAAUGGCAAAUCUGAGCUUUCAUGGGUAGAAUUACACACACUGAAAAGGUUGCAUCCCUGACCUGUUAGCCUAUUGGCUUUUCAUAUUUUUCCCGCACCAGUAGGUGGUGCGAAUAAUUCGCUAGCUGUGAGUCCUCUUUUCAUUUUAUCGGUUAAGAUACCCACUUUGUGACGGUUGCAUUGCUUUCACUUUAGCCUGGCCGACCGUUUGAAAAGUAGUUUUUAACUCCAGUAAUUUUGCUCCCAUUGGCUUUCCAGAUUACGACUUCUCCAAUACCACACCAGCAGGUGGCACCAAAGAUUUGUGCUGUACAAUUCCCUUAUUCAUUUUGUGCCAAAAAAAUGCGCAGUGUGAUUUCAACCAAACCUUUAGUACACCAGGAUGAAAGUGCAUCUUGUACCAGUGUCCCUCAGAACCAUUAGGCCCAAAAACAUCCAGCGUUUCCAUCGCUGUUCUAUGCAAAUGUCUUGGCGGCUGGUUGGCCGUUAUAGUCAUCGUCAUUGUUAUUGUUUCGUCACUGUAAUUCUACUUCGACUUGUAACUUCUAUUUGGACACAUAUGAUCUUUAGCCAAAUUAUGUGAUCACUUUUUUAACUUUUUUUUCUAUUCUUUUUUUUUUUUAAACAACAGAACGGGGUUCCUCCUGCCAUAUAUUUCACAUAGCGAGUGCUCAUCCAUGUACAACAUGAAAAGUCAUCAUGAUCUCUCUCGGGGAAAGGUCAUUCUUGUAGCAUUUUUGUCCCAAAGAUGGUGAUGGAGAGCACCGGCACCCCACACACACACACACACACACACACACACACACACACACACACACACACACACACACAGACAGAGACACAGACACACACGGUAAUCAUUUCUGAUUUAUGAAUGUAAACAUUUUUUUUUGGGGGGGGGGGGUUAUUGCCUUUUUUUGGUUCAUGAAUAUUUUUAUGUAAAUAUUUUUCUACCAAUUAUUUUUUAAAAUAAAUAUCUUAAAUGACCAAAUGGCUAUCGGGUCUUUCCUUUCCUGAAGGUUAUUUCAUUGAUGGUGUAAAUCAUUUUGUAUUAAUGUCCCAUUCAAUAUUUUGCUUCAGAGUUUGUUUAGUUUACCAUGCAUCUUUAUUUUUAUGAAUGAAUUUUAGCUUUUUUUUUUUGUUGCCACAUUCCUCCGAUUCUGUCAUAUACUUGUAUGUACGGUUUCUAACGUUCCUAAUAUUUUAACAUGAAAUAUUACAUUUUGUUAAUUGCAUUUUAUUUUCUUGGUUUUUUUUUUCCUCUCUUGUACAUAAUUUUUUUUUCCCCUGUUGCAACAUUGACAUUGUAACAUAAUGUUAACAUAAGUAUAACAUACAGUAUGUACAUACAGUGGAUAUCAAAAGUCUACAUACCCCUGUUAAAAUGGCAAGUUUUGUGAUGUUAAAAAAAGAAACCAAGAUAAAUCAUGUCAGAACUUUUUCCCACCCUCAGUGUGAAAUUACAAUGUAUAGAAAUUAAGUGAAAAACAUUUUAGGGGGGAAAAAGGGGGAAAAACCACAAAACUUACAAUAACCUGGUUGCAUAAGUGUACACACCAUAAACUAAUACUUUCUUGAAGCACCUUUUGGAUUUUAUUACACCACUCCGUCUUUUUGUCUUUUUGUGUUGCACAUCUUGACUUGGCAAUAUUUUCUCACUCUUUUCUUGCAGUAAUAUUUUUAGAUCCAUCAAAUUGUGAGGGCAUCUCCUGUGCACAGCGCACUGCAGGUCACCCCACAGAAUUUUAGUUGGAUUCCGGUCUGGACUCUGGCUAGACCAUUCAAAAACGGUGAUCUUUUGGUUAAGCCGUUCCUUUUGUUGAUUUUUGGAUGUAUGCUUUGGGUCAUUGUCAUGCUGAAAAAUGAAAUUUCCUUUCUUCUUCAGCUUACUUGCAGACACCUGAAGGUUUUGCACUAAAAUUGACUAUUUGUAGCUAUUCAUGAUUCCCUCCACCUGGAUAAAAGCCCCAGUUCUGGCUGAAGAAAAGCAGCCCCAAAGCAUGAUGCUACCACCACCAUGCUUCACCAUAAAUAUGGUG